AUGCCGGAUUUGCUGACAUUGGAGGACGUGGCUGUGGAGUUCACCCGGGAGGAGUGGCAGCUCCUGGCCCCUGCUCAGAAGGCCCUGUACCGGGACGUGAUGCUGGAGAACUACAGCCACCUGGUGUCUGUGGGACAUCAAGUCAGCAAACCAGAUGCCCUCUCCCAGUUGCAAGAAGAACAGCCAUGGACUGUAUUGGACAACAGCUGUAAUCGGAACUUUUCAGAAAUCUGGAAAGUCGAUGACUGUCUGCAUGUGCCCUCCCAAAGUGAGAGCAGGAUGGAUAGAUUGGAGCAGCGGCCUGAAGAUAAUGCAUUGGGAAACAUUAUUCGUCAGCACAAAAGUAAUUUUCCUUUAAGUCAAAAUCAUGAUGUGUGUGAUUCGGACGAAAAAGUUAUGAAGACAGAAUUAACUUUAAUCAACCAAAGUGGAAGCUCUGAAAUAAACAACUCUAUUAAGCUUAAUUGGCAAUUUUGUGAUCAAAUUAAAUUCGAAGAGGGUCAAAAAUUUAACAGUACUAAAUUUCAACUCAUUAAGCACCAAAAAGUUCACAAAAUACAGAAGACUCUUGUACGUAGUGAAUGUGGCAAAACCUUCAUCAAAUCUUGGUCCAUUCAUCAGAUCAUUUAUACAGAAGAGAAACCCCAUAGGUGCAGUCUUUGUGGGGAAGCCUUCUCCAACAAGCUUCAGAUGACGGAACACCAGCGUAUUCAUACCGGAGACAAAGCUUACAUCUGCAAUGAAUGUGGAAAAUGCUUCAAACAUAUGGGGAAUCUUAUCACUCAUCAGCGAACUCACACGGGAGAGAAAUCUUACUUCUGCAGUGAAUGUGGGAAGGGCUUCAUCCAGAAGGGAAACCUUGUUACACAUCAGCGAACUCACACUGGAGAGAAGCCUUAUGUAUGCAGUGAAUGUGGAAAAUGCUUCAAACAUACAGGAAGCCUUGUUACUCAUCAGCGAACUCAUACUGGAGAAAAGCCCUACAGAUGCGGUAAAUGUGGAAAAGACUUCAUCCAGAAGGGAAAUCUUAUUACUCAUCAGCGAAUUCACACUGGAGAGAAACCCUACGUCUGCAGUAAAUGCGGGAAAAGCUUCAUCCAGAAGGGAAACCUUGUUACUCAUCAGCGAACUCACACUGGAGAGAAACCCCAUGUGUGCAGCAAAUGCGGAAAAUCUUUUAGCCAGAAGUCAAGUCUUACUGAACAUCAAAGAAUUCACACAGGAGAGAAACCUCUCCAAUGCCGUCAAUGUGGGAAACCCUUCAUCACGAAGUACAGGCUCAUGGUCCAUCAGAGAUCACAUACAGGAGAGAGACCAUGUGGUUGCACUCAGUGGGAGAACUUCUGCCUAGACCUAUUGCCUUGUGAGACAUAA